AUGGCAGUCCGCAUCCUUGUCAAAUGCUCCUCCGAAACGAUACCCGGCACGGCCCUUGACCGAAGGACCACCAUCGCCAACAUUGCGUGCCGGCACCGCCUCGGCCGAGAUUUCGACGAGCGCCACGAUGGUCUACACUCGGCCGGCCACCACGUCCUCGAUCACAGCCGGUGCUACUUCUUGAUCGAUAUCGGCCCACGUGCAUCGCCAGACCCCGAGGUGUGCUACUUUAGGUGGAACGGGGAAGCACUCUGCGAACAACGAGUAACGCCGCCGCUCAUCUGGCAUUUGACAAAUACCUACCCGUUCAACCCGGAUCCGGCAGAUAUAAAAUCCUUUUCGGAUGAAGAGUACAGGGCUACGUACGGUGAGGAGGCGUUUGCAAAACUAGUCAUAGGCCGGAUCAAAGUAAAGAGGAAAAUGGGUAGGGAGCUAUCCUCGGAGGAAAGACGGGUCCUGGAACAACAUCCAGAACUGGCCGACAGUAGUUAG